AUGCUGAAGAAGAAGUCCCUGGCUUCUUCCUUCUGGAACUUUACCCCCAGUACGACUCCGGAACUGUCUCCAACCUCUUCCGAUAGUGACUCCGACGAGGAUAUGGAAUCUUCUGGCUCCCGACCGGUCAGCCUGGCCGUCUCGGCGGGAGCCUACUGUCUGAUGCGGCCCACCCUCAAUGAGGUGUUGGCCAACACCGCCCCGCCACCAUACACCCUCAGUGCCUUCAUGGCCUACCUCUCCCAGAACCACUGUCUCGAGACGUUAGAGUUCACCCUCGAAGCGAAGCGGUAUCGGGAAACAUACGAGGCGUUGGCCGAUCGUCUGGGUGUCGAGACCAUCUCCGCUGAUGUCCCCGAAAGUCAACACCUGCGUAUGCUUUGGCAACGCUUGUUAACGGCGUAUAUUAUCCCCGGCGCCCCGCGAGAAAUCAAUCUCUCCAGCGAAGUUCGCGAUGAGGUUCUCGCCUACCGCGACGUUACCACGCCCCCGGUCCCAGAAACGCUCGACUCCGCCGUCAAACGCAUCCACGACCUGAUGGAAGAGUCGAUCUUCCUGCCCUUCCUCAACAGCCAUGCCACCUCUCCAUCCAUGCUCCCCAUGUCCGGCUCUCCUUUCGACAAUGAAUUGAGUUUAUCAAACACCAUGCUCGACGAACACCCGAUGAAGAGAAUCCGGUCUCGUGCCAGGCGUAUCUCCCCCAACUCCUCCACCAAGGAUCUCCCCUCCACGGCCGGCCGCUCAAGUUCGUCCCUCAGUGCUGUUCAUGCAAUGGGCAAGCGUACCUCUGGUGCGCUCAGCACAAGCGCCAGCGGCGAUUCAACCUCCGUGGGCCUCACCGACGACUCCAGCCCCCAAUCUAGUCCGACUGUGGAGGAACCAAUGACACCGCCCAACACGCCCCCAGCCAGCGAGCCCCAUUUACCCACUCACAGCCCCAAGCUGCGAUCCGAAAAUCCAUGGAAGAAAAUGGGCAUGAAGUUGGGCUUCAAGAAGCGUCACGGCAACAGUGGUUCUCGUGAUCCUAAAAUUCUCGGUCUGGACGACUAA